AUGCUGGAUGAUGUUCAAGUGGGACACUAUGAUCCAAACAAGAUGAGAUAUAUUCCUCAAAGAUCUAAGGCGCCUGGUUCAGAAAACCGAGAGGCAGAACAUAAAAACAUCAGCACAGUAACUGAGUUUCUUUAUACUGGAAUGAAAUAUCGAGCAGUGCGUUUGAAACAUUGUCUUAAUCAAACAGAAGGAAUACAUGUUCUUCAAAGGCUUGCUAAGUGCGAGAUAGUGAAUGGUGUUCCGGGACUGACUGUGACGAAUAAUUCCUUUAAUGGCUUGCAGGGGGAUGAUUUGAUCUAUGAUGUACAUGAGGACAGCUUUCAGGUUGAGGAGAGAUGGCCAUCAGAGUGUUACAGAACAGGCCCAGAGCAAACAAAAUGGCAGAUAAAAACCAUGUACCACCCAGUCUGCAUUAAAUACCUCACCAAAUACCUGAAGGAGGAGAGUAACCUAGUGGUGAGGAGAGUCAAACCCACAGUCAGGCUCCUCAAGAAGACUCACACCAACUCUGGAGAGAUUCAGGUGACCUGUCUGACCACUGGGUUUUACCCUCGUCACAUCAACCUGACUCUGCUCAGAGAUGGUCAGCCUGUGUCUGAAGACCAGAUCACUGGAGGAAUUCUGUUACCUAAUGGAGAUGACACCUACCAGAUGAGGAAGAGUGUGGAAGUCAGUGCAGAGGAACUUAGACAGCACAGUUACAACUGCAGAGUUACUCACCUCAGCCUAAACACCAGUCUGGACAUCACUUUUGGUAAUGAGCAUUAG